UAGGAAAAAUUUGAUGAGUACAACGACAAUUUUGGGGGAAACAUUAAGUGCAUUACAACUAACUGUCUGGAUGUCUGGGUUCUGCAGAAUGUUUAUGAUCAUUUCAAAGUGCAACAUAAACACAGAUUUGAAGGAGAAACCAGAUAACAAGAAGACUUCAAAAUGGUGGCAGAGGUGGAAAUCCAGGCCGAAGUCGUGGAGCAGUACCAGCGUGACGGUGCCGUUCUGGUGAAGAGUGUGUUCUCUCCGUCUUGGGUGAACAAGGUUCGGGACGGAAUCAUGAAAAAUCUAGAGAAACCCUCGCAAUACUCAGAGCGUCUUGUUGCAAAGGAAGGUGAGGGCACAUACUUUGACGAUUACUGCAAUUGGUCAUGGAUAGAAGAGUUUCGUGAUUAUGUAUUCAACUCUCCUGCCUCCUACCUGGCUGCCACUUUCAUGAAAUCAUCAGAAGUAUCGUUCUACCAUGAACACGUACUCAAUAAGGAACCUGGUACGUCAAAACGAACACCCUGGCACCAUGAUCAGGCGUAUUACCCUAUUGAUGGCGAAAAGGUAUGCUCGCUUUGGAUGCCGGUGGACCCCGUGCCGAGGCAAACCUGCGUGCAAUUCGUAGCAGGUUCUCAUUUGUGGCCAUCUUGGUUCUAUCCCCGAAAGUUCGCUUCAGAAAUGAAUUAUAUAAUAAAGGAAGAGAGAGGAGAGAAGGAUGAAGACCAAAAAUGCUUCGUUGACAUCCCCAUCCAGGAUAUAGAGGCCGGGAAGUGGCCUUUAUUGCAAUGGGAAUGUGAGCCAGGCGAUGUGAUUAUAUUCCACAUGAAGACGGUCCAUGGGGCUCCGGGCAAUACUUCCUCCAAUACUCACCGACGUGUCCUUUCUACUCGCUGGCUCGGUGAUGACGCCGUGCUGGCAACCCGACCAUGGGAGGUAUCGCCACCAAUUACCGGAGGCCUCAAACCUGGUCAGCGCGCCGUUUGUGACACAUUCCCAAUUGUAUACAGCAGUGAAUAAUAAUAAUGAUACUGUAAAUAAUAACCAAGAUAACUAUAAUUAUAACAACAACAUCGACAGCAACAAUGGUAAUAAUGAUGAUAGUGAUAAUAAUAAUAAUAAUAAAAAUGAUCUUAAAGAUUAUGACAAUAAUUGCUUCAAUAAUGAUGACAAAAAUGUCAGGUACAAUCAUAAUUAUUAUUACUGAUUAUUAAACUUAUCGUUGUUUUAAUAAUUUCAUUAUUAUUAGUAACAUUAUUAUUAUUAUUAUUAUUAUUAUUAUUACUAUUAUUAUUAUUAUUAUUAUUAUUAUUAUUAUUAUUAUUAUUAUUGUUACUAUUAUUAUUAUUAUUAUUAUUAUUAUUAUUAUUAUUAUUAUUAUUAUUACUAUUAGUAUUAUUAUCAUUAUUGUUAUAAUUUGUUAUCAUUAUUAUUAUUAUUAUUAUUAUUAUUAUUAUUAUUAUUAUUAUUAUUAUUAUUAUAAUUAUUAUUAUUAUUACUAUUAUUACUAUUAUCAUUAUUAUUAAUAUUAUUAUUAUUAUUGUUAUUAUUAUUAUUAUUAUUAUUAUUACUAUUAUUAUUAUUAUUAUUGUUAUUAUUAUUAUUAUUAUUAUUAUUAUUAUUAUUAUUAUUAUUAUUAUUAUUAUUAUUAUUAUCAUUAUUAUUAUUAUUAUUAUUAUUAUUAUUACUAUUAGCAUUAUUAUUAUUGUAACUAUUAUUGUUAUUAUUAUUAUUAUUAUUAUUAUUAUUAUUGUUAUUAUUAUUAUUAUUAUUGAUAAAGUUAUCAUUAUUCUUUUAUUAUUAUUAUUAUUAUUAUUAUUAUUAUUGUUAUUAUUAUUAUUUUUAUUUUUAUUAUUAUUAUCAUUAUUAUUAUUAUUAUUAUUAUUAUUAUUAUUGUCAUUAUCAUCAUUAUUGUUAUUGUUAUCAUAAUUAUUUUCAUUAUCAUUAUUAUUGUUAUCACCAUCAUCAUUCUUAUUCUAAUUUUUUUUCUUAUUAUUCUUUUUCUUAUUCUUAUUAUUAUCGUCAUCAUCAUUACCAUUAUACUUAUUAUCAUUAUUAUUACUAUUGUCCCCAUGAUUGUUAUUAUUAAAUCGUUAAUUCUAUUAUUGCUAUUGCUGUUAAUGUUAAUCAUUACUAUUGUUCGGUCAUUAUUACUAUUACUAUUAUCGAAGGUCAUAUUAUCAUCAGUAUUUUUUUCAUGAUCAUUAUUGUUUUUAUUGUAAUUGACAUUAUUGUUCUUUUUAUUAUUAGUAGUAGCAUUAGCAUUAACAGUAGUAGAACCAAUGCUGUUACCAUGAUUGUUAUGAUUGUCAUUAUUAUUAGUUAUUAUUGAUGCAUUGUUAUUGUUAUUGUUAUUAUUAGAAUUGCCAUCAUGAUAAUUAUUAUCAUCAAUACUACUACGGCUAUUACUACUUCUGCAAUUACAGUAAUUACUUCUACUACUACUACUGCUACUACUACUAUUACUAAAACUGCCGGUAUUUUUGCUUUAUUCUUAUUUUUUUGUGUUUAUAAUAGUAUGCAAUGUUGUAUAAGAGUAACUCUUUCACUUCACUUUCAAUUAAAUAUAAGAAUUAUUGUAGGUUAUGUCGAUUUGAAAUAUGGACACAAAAAGUCUCUUUUGCCCUGAAACUGCAUUUUUUAAAUUAAUUAAAAAAUAUGAUUAUUUACAUUUCUCUGUCAUUUGCCUUGCAUGUAAUCGACCCCCGUAUUCAAAUAAGGGAAACUUGUUAGCAGCUCAUAAGACUAAUAAAGAUACGACAUGAA